GGUGGCGGUAAAGGAAGGAGGAAGAGCGGACCUGCUGCGCGACUCGACAGCGCUGAGGCUCCGGGGUAGCCCGCCAUGGCCGCCGGAGGCUCCCGCGCGGGGUCCGCGUCCCCCAUCCCCUCGGCGUCCUCCCUGCCUCUAGCUGCCCUCAACGUGCGAGUGCGGCGCCGCCUGUCGCUGUUCCUGAACGUGCGGACGCAGGUGGCGGCCGACUGGACGGCGCUGGCUGAGGAGAUGGGCUUCGAGUACUUGGAGAUCCGGCAGCUGGAGGCGCAUGCCGACCCCAUGGGCAAGCUCCUGGACGACUGGCAGGGACGCCCGGGAGCCUCGGUGGGCCGUCUGCUGGAGCUGCUCACCAAGCUGGGCCGCGAUGACGUGCUGGUGGAACUGGGGCCCAGCAUCGAGGAGGAUUGCCAGAAAUAUAUCCUGAAACAGCAGCAGGAGGAGUCUGAGAAGCCCUUACAGGUGGCUGCUGUGGAUAGCAGUGACCCACGGACAUCAGAGCUGGCGGGCAUCACCACGCUUGAUGACCCCUUGGGGCAAAUGCCGGAGCGUUUUGAUGCCUUCAUCUGCUACUGCCCCAGCGAUAUCCAGUUUGUUCAGGAGAUGAUCCGGCAGCUGGAACAGACAGACUAUCGGCUGAAGUUGUGUGUGUCUGAUCGCGAUGUCCUCCCUGGCACCUGUGUCUGGUCCAUCGCCAGUGAGCUCAUUGAGAAGAGGUGCCGCCGGAUGGUGGUGGUGGUCUCUGAUGAUUACCUGCAAAGCAAGGAAUGUGACUUCCAGACCAAGUUUGCUCUCAGCCUCUCUCCCGGUGCCCAUCAGAAGCGACUGAUCCCCAUCAAGUACAAGGCAAUGAAGAAAGAGUUCCCCAGCAUCCUGCGGUUCAUCACUGUCUGCGACUACACCAACCCCUGCACCAAGUCCUGGUUCUGGACCCGCCUUGCCAAGGCCCUGUCCCUGCCCUGAAGAUUGCCCCGGGCCCUUGGGCGUGUGUGCUUCUGCCCCUGCUUCCUCCUGCCGUAGGGGUGACCUGUGCCCCACUUGCUUCUCAGUUCCAGGAGAUGCCAACUCCACAGACACGCUGUACGUCCUGCACGGGACCAGUAACGUGUCCACGUGCUGGGUUAUCGAGCCAGGACAGCGGAAUCCAGGGCCAUCUGGGACUGAGAAGAGCUCCAGCAGAGCCAGCUCUGACCUGUCCACACGUCUUAGGCCUCGGUCUCUCCACCUGAGAACUAAGUAGGGUAGGUAGAACUGGUAGUAGCUGUGUUUGAAUCACUGUCGAGGGAGCCCAGCCCUGGACAAAGGUGCGGCCCACGUGUGUUCCUUUUCUCUUUUUACCCCCUUCAUUGAAACCAGACUCUGGAAAGAACCCAAUAUGCCAGCAUCUGUGCCUGCAGGGCAGCACAGAACGAGAGAGAGAGAGAGAG